AAAUGACAACUAAUAAUUUGAUAAAGCAACAUCAGCACAGCAAUCAGGCACAAAAUCAGAAGGGCGUACAGACAGCAUCAUGCUCAAGUUAACUGCAGCGACUUUAGAUUCCAAAGAAGAGAAGUCAAUAAAACAGCUCCAGUGCCACUCUUCAAGCCCGGCAGAUUAAACAGAAGUCUUAAUUCCUGCCCCAGAAAUAUAGCUUUCUUCUUUCCUAUUUCUGGCAGGAUUGAGGCUUAGUUCUUCAUCAAUCUUCCUCAACAUGGCAAUAAAUUUCGUUGUCAUUUUUGGGUUGCUAGGUAACGUUAUGUCGGGAUUAGUCUACGUCUCUCCUGCAAAUGUGUUCGUGCGAAUUCUGAGGCGUAGAUCAACUGAGGAAUUUGAGAGUGUUCCUUAUGUUAGCAAGUUAUUGAACGCCUAUUUCUGGGUUUACUAUGGACUUAUUAAGCCAAAUAGCGUGCUGGUGGCCACGGUCAAUAUUUUUGGUGCCGUUGUGGAGAUCGUUUUUCUUACCAUAUUUCUACUUUUUGCACCACCAAGAAUGAAGGCCAGGACUGCCAUGCUUGUUGUAGCUCUUAAUGUAGCCUUUCCAGCAGCAGCAAUUUUGCUUACUCAGUUUCUGCUACAUGGAGAUCAGCGGAUCGACGCAGCAGGACUUUUGUGUUCCGUCUUCAGCAUGAUUGCAUAUGCUUCCCCUCUUUCAGCCAUGAAAACUGUGGUGGCACUAAAGAGUGUGGAGUACAUGCCUUUUCUUCUCUCAUUCAUCCUUUUCCUCAAUGGAGGGAUUUGGACACUCUAUGCCAUUCUUGCAAAAGACUUGUUUGUUGGAAUUCCAAAUGGGACUGGAUUUUUAUUUGGUACUGCUCAGCUGAUUCUCUACGCAAUAUACUGGAAACCAUCUAAGCCGCCCAAGCAAGUAUCUGAUGAUUUGGAGGAUCAACAACACAUCAGAGAAGCACUCAUCCCAGCUUCAAAACCCAUCAUUGCAGAGUGAAUGAGACAUUUACUUCAUAGAAGAAGUCAGUAUUUACUGCCAGAAGUGUUAAAUUUUCCAUGCUGCAAGCUUCUGGUGCUGCCAAGGUUUUUUUGAUGUGCAGAUUGAAGGGGUGUUCAUGCUUCCUCUUCUUUCUUCUCUUUCCUUGUUCUUACCACUUCUUUCUUCUCUUUCCUUGUCAAGUUAUUCAGGAGCGAGUCUUUUU